CUCCAAGUCUGCCAGCCCCGUGCCCCCCAUCUGCGGCAGCCCCUAUUGCAUCUCCCCCAUGGCCUCCCCCUCCGCCUCCCCCCUGCCCCCGCCCUACCCGCCCCGCCCUGGCUCGGCCACCCCUUUCCUCACCUUCACCCCGCCCCAGGGGGAGGACUUCCUUCUCUCCCCUCCCUCUCCUCGUCUGUCCCGUAGCCUGAGCCCCUGUGGAGGGGCGGGCCUGGAGAGCUGGUUGACAGGGGCCAGCCCCUUGAGCAUCCUGGAGAGGGAGUUGAUGGAGGGGGAGGGGGCAGAGGGAGACAGGGGCACUGGCCGCGAUGCCCUGGGCAGCUGGCGAAAUAGCCCUGCAGAGCUGGUGAAGAAUGACAGCGACUACCAUGGAAGAACCUCCAGAAGCCCUGUCAUGUUGUUUGACAUCCAGGACAACAACAUGAAUGCUAACUCAUUCACGCAACCCCAGUCCCACAGCAGCAGCCCGGAGCCAAGCCGUCUCAGCUGUGGAAUUUUCCAGGCUUUGUACAGUUACGUGCCACAGAAUGAAGAUGAGCUGGAGCUGCAGGAGGGAGAUCUUGUCAGUGUCAUGGAGAAGUGCGAUGAUGGCUGGUUUGUUGGUACCUCGAAGAGGACAAAACAGUUUGGCACGUUUCCAGGAAAUUACGUAAAAGAGGUCAACUUAUAACCUGUCAACAAACAUUUUAUAGUGUGAGGAGAACCUAGCUCUAACCCUUGGUUGCCUGUUGAGUGUUGGGAAAUAAUUACUUUUACUCUUGACUGUUUAAAUUAGGACAGUCAUUUAGUCAAGUGAAGACGUUUGUCUAAUGUAAGUGAUCAGUUUGGUCUGAGGUAUGUUAAUGUGCAUGAGGUGGCAAUAGGAGAAAGCUAGCUGUUGACACUCUGCCCAAUCGUCAGUGUGGUGUACACAUACCUUAACCACGUCCUGCACAGUACAUGGCUGAAUUUAUCAUAUGAUAUUCUGACAAUGGAAUUUUUAGUAAAACAAUUAAAUGUCACACACUGCGGUAUACACUGAGUGUACAAAACAUUUAGGAACACCUUCCUAAUAUUGAGCUGCACCCCCCUUUACCCUCAAAACA